AUGAUGAGAUCUUUUUACAUUAUAUUUUUUCUCUUCUCAAUAUUUAAUGGUUUACAAUCAUUUUUCUAUGAUACAGAUCCAUUUGGAUUUGACUGUUUGCAUUAUUUUCCACCUGACUCAGAAUUUUCUGAAAUGGUUAAAUUUUGUAUUUGCCCAAAUAACGAGAUGAAUUUGACAACAGUAACUCAUUGUUUUAAUAUAUCUGAUGACAAUUUUACUUUCAAUGAAUUGUAUUAUCUAAAUGUGACUUCAUAUGAUAUUCUUCUAUGGUCGUCAUCGAUUGAUGUUGCUGAACAAUAUCAAUAUUAUCUCGAUCGACCAUUUCAAUCUAAUUUAUCGAAUGAAACCUUUUUUAAUUGUACACCUCCGUGGUUUGGAUCUCGAUGUCAAUAUUCAUUAGAAAUAAACAAAGAUGAAUUCGUUCGAAAUUCACUGGAACUGACUUCAACAGAUAAUAUAUUUCGACAAACGUGUUACAUUCUAUUAGAAUGUGAUCGUGGUGGUCCAUUGAUUUGUCUUGAUUGGCGUGAGAUAUGCAAUGGUCGAAUCGAUUGUCUAAAUGACGGUAUUGAUGAAACUGAAUGUUUUAAUUUAGAAAUAAAUGAAUGUAACGAGAAUGAAUAUCGAUGUCAUAAUGGUUUAUGUAUCCCAAAAAUAUUUUUGGAAAUGAAAUUUGUGGGAGCACAAUGCUUUGAUGGAUCGGAUGGAAUUGUUAAGAACAAUCAUCUUCUGGGAUAUGUUUAUCGACCGCAUCUGUCCGAACGUCAAAAAUAUGUAUGCCGACCUGACGAAGGACAAUUUACGUGUGGUGAUGGAAAAUGUGUAGAAGAUUUUGGUGAAUGUGAAAAUAAUCGACAUUUAGCAUUAACUCAAUCAAUUAGUAUUCAAGGAAAUUUAUCCUAUUCAUGUUGGUUAGUUAUGGUUUGUCUUAGCAAAAUCAUGAAUGAAAUCGAAAAUGUAACAUGUGAUCAGUUCAUACAAUCUUCUAAAAUCAUUGAAGAAUUUAAAAACUGCACGUUUCCUCUUGAAUUUCCUGCUAUUCCUGUACUAUUUGGUCAUGUACGAUUUUUAUAUGGUCCAAAAGAUAUUGACAAUAUCAAUAUAGCAUUAGCUCUGAAACCUGAUUAUGUUUGUUACGAUGAGCAAUUAUGUGAUUUUCUCACUCCUGCAUUUCGUCAUAAAAAUUUCGCUUGUCGAAACGGGAAUCAAACAGGCCUUGACUCGAAUAUCGAAUUAACUACAUGGAAAUCUAUCAUCGAUUCAGUCAAGCCAUACUUUAUUGGUUGUAUUACUCAACGUUAUCAAAAUAUCAGUUCUCAUUAUUCAUCAUUAUAUCGUUGUAAGAAUUCGUCAAAAUAUAUUUCUAAAUAUCGAAUCGUUGAUGGUAUACCUGAUUGUUAUUUAAAAGAUGAUGAACAAGCAUUUGAAUUGAGUUGUUUAUUAAACCAAACGCUAAGAUUUCAAUGUCCAAAUGAGAAACAAUGUCGUUCACCUUUAAUUUCACCAGGUAUUUGCUCUCGUUCAAUAGAUACAAAUUAUGAGAAAAUUUUAUUUUAUCAAAUAUGCGAUCGUAUUGCGGAUUUUCCCUUGAUAUUGAUUAAUGGACAAAAUCAUUCAGAUGAGACUGAUUGUGAACAUUGGCAAUGCAAUAAUAUUUAUACACGAUGUGAUGGUUUUCGAAAUUGUUUAGAUGGAAAAGAUGAAGAAAACUGUACUCAGUCAAUUAUAUUAAGUCAUUUCUUUUUCUGUACUUCACCACAGAAUUAUACACAGAUGUGUUUACCAACCGGCCAAGUCCUCUAUGAAACCGUCAAUUGUUUUGGAGCAUCAUCCGAUGAAUUUCAAUACUUUCAAACGAACAAAUUUCAUUGUUCGAAUCACACGAAAUGUAUAAAUUUAGAAGAUGAAAACCUUUGCGAUAAAAACCAAGAAUGUCUACCGUAUGAUAAUUAUGAAUUUUGUUUUGACCGUCUGCAAUUAUGCAAUGGCUAUAGUUUUGAUGAUUUUAUUGAUAUGCAGAAUAUUUCGUGUCAAAUCAUUAAUACAGAUUAUAAGUCUUUUUUAUUAGAGACUGUAUUAGUCUAUCCAACCUUACAGACUAUUCCAACAUAUUCUAUUAAAAAUCAGAUCACUGACGAAUCGAUAGAAUUGUCGAUUAAAAAUAUCAUACAGCCAGAUGUCUGUAAUUAUGGUUUACAUAUGUAUCAUCGAGUUGGAGUCGGCAAUUACAGUAGUCUAUGUUUUUGUCCACCAAACUAUUAUGGUGAUCAAUGCCAGUAUCAAAAUCAACGUGUUAGUUUAACUCUCGUAUUGGCAACGGUCGAUCAGCCGAUUGUCUAUGCUAUUAUUGUUACCUUAAUGGAAGAUGACAAUGAUAGACAAGAAAUUCAUUCAUACCAUCAAUUUACUUAUGUAUCAAAAACAUAUUGUGGUCGACCUAUAGAUAUUUAUCUGUUAUAUACAACACGAGGAAAGAAUAAUUCAAAAAAUUAUAGUAUUCGUGUUGACGCAUUUGACAAGAGCUCAUCGACGUAUCUAUUAAGUUGGCAUUUAGCGAUUCCAUUUAUUUUUUUACCAGUUAAUCGAUUGAGUGCUUUUUUGACUAUUCCAGUAUCUCGACCAUUGAAUUUUUAUCACUGUAAUCUUCAUUGUUAUAAAGGCACUUGCAUGAAAUAUCAUAAUGAAGAGCGAUUCUUUUGUCAAUGUUAUUCAGGUUGGUCUGGUGCACAAUGUCAUUUUCCAAUCGAUUGUAGUAUGUGCGCACCAAAUUCGAUCUGUAUUGGUUCGCUUCAAAAUCGAUCAGUUUGUGUUUGUCCUGAAAAUAGAUUUGGUUCAUUUUGUCGUCUUAAACUAAUGUGUCCAGAAGGAUUUUGCGAAAAUAAUGGCCGAUGUGUCGUAAUCGAUGAGAGAAUGAUUGACGAAAGUUAUGUAUGUUUUUGUCCUGAACAAUUUUUUGGACCAAAAUGUCAAGAUGUCAAUCAUAAAAUAGAGGUUUCCCUUAAGAAUAUUGAAACCCCAUCACACUUACUCAUCUACAUCUACAAUGAGAUUAGUUUUGAACGAUCAAUACCAACAUUUACUAUACUCAAAAGAAUGGCAAUGUUCCAGAAUCAUGUUAUUUUAUAUUUUCAACGUCCGGUCGAAAUGAUUCUUGUCAAAAUCGGUACUCGUUAUUAUUUGGCUGCGCUUCAAAAAGUCGAACAAUCUAAUAUAACAACAUCGAUUGAUCCACCACGACGAUGUGCUUCCGUUGAUGAAGUUUUAAAUACUACAUUAGUAUCAUUACCACGAAUUCAACGAUUGAAAAGUUAUCAUAUUCCAUGUCAACGUGAUUUUAAUCUACAAUGUUUUGUGGAUGAAUUUUACGUGUGUCUAUGCACAGAAGAACAUCAUAGUAAUUGUUUUCCAUUAGAUCAUCAAUUGAGUUUUGUGUGUGAAGAUAAUGUAUAUUGUGAAAAUGGCGGAACAUGUUUACAAGAUCAACCUAUAUGUUUUUAUAGUAUUCUAUGUGUAUGUAAUGAUUGUUUCUUUGGUGAUCGAUGUCAAUUUUAUGCUAAAGGUAUUGGAUUAACAUUAGAUGAUUUAUUGCGAUAUGAAAUUCGACCUAAUAGCUCAUUAAAUGAUCAAUCAUUGGUAGUCAAAUUAAGUGCAACAUUUAUCAUGAUUAUUUUUCUCAUUGGUUUAAUCAAUGGUUUUCUUAGUUAUUUAGUUUUUCAUAAUCGUGAUUCUCGUAAAGUUGGAUCUGGAAUUUAUCUUCGAUUAUCAUCAAUUAUUUCUAUUCUAAUUGUUACUAUGUUAAUUAUAAAGUUCUGGUUUGUAACAUAUACGUAUAUGAAUCCAUUGACCAAUCGUAAUAUUCUUCGAGUUGGAUGUUUAGUACUUGAACCUUUGCUUCGUCUUUUCUUAAACAUGAGUAAUUGGCUUAAUACUUGUGUGGCCAUAGAAAGAGCAAUAUCAGUCUUACAAGGAAUUAGUUUUAAUAAGAAAAGAAGUACAUGUAUUGCACGAUGGAUAUGUUGCCUUUUACCAUUCAUAAUUUUGGGUUCAAUGAGUUAUGAACUCAUUUAUCGUGAUUUAUUUGAUGAUCAUGAAGAACGACGUGUUUGGUGCGUACUUCGUUAUUCUCAAUCAGUUGAAAAAUAUACUACAAUUGUACAAUAUUUCCAUUUUGUUGUUCCUAGUGCAAUAAAUUUAUUCUCAGCUGUUUAUAUUAUCAUAAACAUUGCGCGUCAACGAACGACCACUCGAACAAAAUUUAAUUAUAGACAACAACUAGUUAAUCAAAUCAAUGAACACAAACAACUUAUUAUUAGUUCUAUUAUAUUAGCUGUUUUACUAUUUCCUCGUUUUCUUAUUUCGUUAUUAUCAACAUGUGUUAAAGCAUCUCGAAAUCCUUGGUUAUAUCUUUGUGGUUAUUUUAUUUCAUUCUUUCCAUCAUCUUUUAUCUUUGUAAUAUUUGUUCUACCAUCGAAUUUCUACAAGAAGCAAUUUAAACAAUCGAUUAUCACUUGGCGACAACGAUUUAUGAGAAUGAUGAGUCAAUGA